AUGAACCACUUUGGAUAUUUGAUAUGGAUUUUCUUCUCUGCUUUGGGGAGUGUGUGGACUCUGCCUCAUGUGAUGAAGUAUCAAACAGUGAUCCCUCAGAGGCUGAAGAAUUCAUCUCACAUCACUAAUGCUGCCACCCAUCAGAAGUUCCCUGAUAUACUGCAGUACUCUGUAAUGAUUGCUGGACAAAAUUGCACUUUACACCUGGAGAGAAAUAAGGAGCUGAUUGGAGAAAACUUCUCUGUGACACAUUAUUCUGAGCAAGGUAUCGAACUAACAACACCUAAACUUGAGAAUCACUGCUACUACCACGGACACGUCGUGGGAGUUGACGACUCUGCUGCCAGCGUGGAGCUGUGCUCUGGGUUAAAGGGGAUUGUGCACCUCCAAGAUCAGACAUACUUGAUAGAACCCCUGGCCUCACAGCCAGCCAAUAGUGGGGCAGCCAUUAAAGGUGACAGUGAUGAGAGUCUUCAUGCAGUCUACAACUACAAACACCUGAGGAGGAAGAGGAGCUCCUGUUCCCAUGGAAACACAACCAUGUACUAUGAUCACGGCGCUCGUCCGUCUGGACUGUUCCAGCUCGGCAGUCUGAGAAGCAGAGGCCAGGCUAACGACAGAGCAAGAAAACCCAGAACAGUGGAGCUUGUUGUGGCGGUCGACAACACUGAGUACAAGAAGUUUGGUAAUAAAAUGGAAGCUCGAGUGCUUGAAAUAGCAAACCACGUUGACCGGCUCUAUCGUCCCGUGGGUAUCCGUGUGAUGUUGGUCGGCCUUGAUAUCUGGUCGUACAAAGAUCAAAUAGAGGUCAGCACCAAUCCAGAGCAAACGCUCAUCCGCUUUCUCGAAUGGCGCCAGCGAAAACUCCUGCCGAGGACGAAACACGACAACGCUCAAUUCAUCACAGGGUUGGAUUUCGAAGGCACCACAGUGGGUCUCGCCAACACAAAUGCAAUGUGUACCUCUAGUUCGGGAGCUGUCAACGAGGACCAUAACAUUAAUGCUAUAGGAGUGGCCUCUACUAUCGCCCACGAGAUGGGUCACAACUUGGGCUUGUCUCAUGAUACAGAAAACUGUAUCUGUGGCUCUUUGAAAACGAAAAAAGGCUGCAUUAUGGCAGAGAGUGUUGGUGCCGUGUAUCCAGAGAUGUUCAGCAGCUGCAGCUUGCAGCAGCUCUACAGGUUCUUGGACGAGAUCAACCCAGCCUGUCUUUUGGAUACCCCCUCUGCUGAUCGCAUCUACGGUGGUCCGGUGUGCGGCAAUGCCUUCUUGGAGCUUGGAGAGGAGUGUGACUGUGGAACCGUAGAGGAAUGCAAAAAUCCCUGCUGCAACGCUCAAAACUGCAAACUUAACACAGGAGCCCAAUGUGCUGAGGGGGAAUGUUGCCACAACUGUCAAUUGAAAGCGUCAGGCAGCGUCUGUCGGCCAAAGACAGGAAACUGCGACUUGGCAGAGCACUGCAGUGGACUGUCCGCCUCCUGUCCUCCCGACGCCUACGCUCAGAACGGCCUGUCGUGCAAUCGUGGGAAAGGAUACUGCUACAACGGACAGUGUCCAUCGCGACAGCAACAUUGCAAGAGACUUUGGGGACCUGAUGCUGAAGUCGCUGCAGAUGCUUGUUUCUUCCAGUAUGGAGGUUGCCGAAAGACACUGUUUAUGCACAGAUGUUUUGGCCAGGAGCAAUCAUGCGGGACACUUUUCUGCUCGGGAGGGUGGGAGUUCCCAGUAACAUCCAGGAAGUCUUUUUACAAAGUAGGAAGCGAGGAAUGUAACGAAGCGACCAUGAACCCUGAAGACAACUACCCUGCAGACCUGGGCAUGGUGCAGACUGGAACCAAGUGUGGCAACAACAUGGUAUGCUACAGCCACCGAUGCCAUGACAUUAGAAAUAUAAGAGCAUAUGGAGCCACUGACUGCUCUGCAAAAUGCAGCAACCAUGGGGUUUGUAACCAUCAAAACAAGUGUCACUGUGAUCCUGGUUGGGCUCCACCUUACUGUGAUGUGCUGGAGUCUGAAGUAACUGAAGGCAGUGGACUGGGGCUUAGUGUGUCACUGGUUGUAAGCUUGCUCAUAUUCUUGGCCCUCUUCACUGGAGGAUUCAUGUGCUGCAGCCCGAAAAUGCAACAUGCAAAGAGAUACCUCCAGUCUACCUCAGGACAGACAAAUCCUUUAUUUCAAUCAGGCAUUUCACGAGGCAGCCCUCAUCUUCACGCCACAGCAAUCAGCCAGCCAACAUUUGUGGAGUCCUCGGCCACUCAAGUUUGUAAACCGCUGUCCGUCUCCAUGGUGGUACCAUCGAAUGUGUCGUUGAAGCCCUGCAGAAUAGCUCCUGAGCCCCCCAGAAAGGAACCAACUGUGCCUCAGCCUUCAAAAAUCCAACAGGGUUUAAGACCACUCUUGCAACCACCAGCAGUGCCAAGCAAGCCGGUCUACUCUGAGGCUCGGCCUCUUGCUCCGUCCAGACCUCUACCGCCGCUUACAUCCAAACCAAUAACAAAGCCAAAACCUGUCACACCUCCAGUGAAGCCAAAGCCUGUCGUCAUCCCUUCACAGCUGCCUCACACUCAGCUGAUUGCAGGGAGAGCUGCCCUGACUCCAAUCAGUAAACCUAGAUGA